CAUCGAUCGAUAAGCUCUUUACUGCAAAACAUAGUGAGACAGAGACAGAGACAGAGAUAAACAGGCGGCUAAAGCUAACGACUAACGAAAAGCUAAAGCUAUUGCUGGUUGGGAAAAGAUAGGAUACGGCGCGUCACAGACUUUUUUUUUUUUUAAUCUACAAUCAUGUCCGGCUUGGUUCGCUGGUUCCAACGCCUCUCUUCUGUUUCUUCUUCAUCCACAUCCUCCUCUGCCGUUGAUGAUCACGAUCAUGAUGAUUAUCACUCCCAAAACGACGCCGUACAAACACAAAUAUCAUCCGAGAAUGAAAGUCAAAAGGAGCUGACGAUCACUGUGGACUUAGAUAUCUCAGGUUUGAAGCCGAUCAAGGUCCCCGAUCGGACCGCUCACAAGCUCGCCCCCACCGAUCCUAACAAGAGCAUGCUUGACAAAGAAUUUUUCACAGAAUAUGGUGAGGCAAGUCAAUAUGAAAUUCAAGAAGUAGUUGGCAAAGGAAGCUAUGGUGUCGUUGCCUCUGCAAUUGAUACUCACACUGGAGAGAGAGUAGCUAUAAAGAAAAUCAAUGAUGUCUUUGAGCAUGUUUCUGAUGCAACACGUAUUCUGAGAGAAGUCAAGCUUCUUAGGCUGCUUCGACACCCGGAUAUUGUAGAAAUAAAACAUAUAAUGCUUCCUCCAUCUAGAAGAGAAUUUCAAGAUAUUUAUGUCGUGUUUGAGUUGAUGGAAUCUGACCUUCACCAAGUAAUUAAGGCAAAUGAUGAUCUUACACCUGCACAUUUUCAAUUCUUCUUAUACCAGCUUCUUCGAGCUUUAAAGUAUAUUCAUACAGCUAAUGUUUUCCAUCGAGAUUUAAAGCCAAAAAAUAUACUUGCUAAUGCGGAUUGCAAGCUGAAGAUAUGUGACUUUGGGCUUGCUCGGGCAGCUUUUGAUGAUGCCCCAUCCACAAUUUUCUGGACCGAUUAUGUGGCAACGCGAUGGUACCGCGCUCCUGAACUCUGUGGUUCAUUUUUCUCUAAGUACACCCCUGCUAUUGAUAUUUGGAGCAUAGGAUGUAUAUUUGCAGAAAUGCUAACAGGAAAACCAUUGUUUCCUGGGAAAAAUGUGGUACAUCAAUUGGAUAUCAUAACUGAUUUGCUUGGCACCCCUCCUCCUGAAUCCAUUACAAAGAUUCGGAAUGAUAAGGCUAGGAGAUAUUUAAGUUGCAUGAGGGAAAAGCAACCAACUCCUUUCUCACAAAAAUUCCCCAAUGCAGAUCCCAUGGCUCUUCAUUUAUUAAAGCAGUUGCUUGCAUUUGAUCCUAAAGAUCGCCCAUCUGCUGAAGAGGCAUUAGCUGAUCCAUAUUUUGACGGAUUAGCGAAUGUGGACCAUGAACCAUCUAGACAACCCAUUUCAAAACUUGAGUUUGACUUUGAAAGGAGGAAAUUGUCAAAAGAUGAUGUAAGAGAGCUAAUUUAUAGAGAGAUUCUAGAGUAUCAUCCGCAAAUGCUUAAGGAGUAUCUGCAAGGUGCAGAUCAGAGUAGCUUCAUGUAUCCUAGUGGAAUUGAUCGAUUCAAGAGACUAUUUGCUAAUCUUGAGGAGCAGUUUGUUAAAGGUGGAAGAAGUACUGCACUCGAAAGGAAACAUGCAUCCUUGCCCAGGGAAAGGGUCUCUGUACCCAAUCAAAAUGGGGAUAAUAAGAAGUGUAAUGCAGCUUCAGCUUCCCGUGCAACCCUUCAGAGCCCUCCAAUGUCAGAAGGAAUUGAGAAAGCAGAAAGCACUAACCAAAAUGCAUCAGCAUUGCAGCAUGACCCUAGCAAACCAAGUAAUAGUCCCCACAGCCUAUUGAAGAGUGCUAGCAUUAGUGCUUCUAAGUGAGUGGAUGUUAAAGGAAAGAAUUGUGAGGAAGAAACAAUCGUGGAGCAUGAUGAAGAGGUGGUUGAUUGGUUGUCAUAGGCAGUUGGAACACCAUAUUAGAAUUUUACCUCUGAGCUGCGCAUGGGAUAGCUUUGUUUUACAUGCUAAGCCCAUAACAUCCCCCCUUAAUUGUGGGUGGUUGCAGUUUCUAUAACUCAUUGUGGGUUUUCUUUUGGCUAGGAUUUUAGUUUUAGUGUUGUCUUAACAAAAACUUCCAUACUGUUGAAUUAGCUUUUAGCUGUUAAAUGAUAUGAAAGCAUUAUAUGGACCAGGGAAAUAUUGAAUUAUAUGAAAACAUCCUGGAAUUCUUCCUGAACUCUGUAGCUCACAAAUAAUCUGCUUGUAAAUUACACAAAGAGACAGAGUUGCAUGGUUA